AGCAAAGGGGGCAGGCCGCACACAGCACAGGAGGAGGAGCUUGCUUUCCUUCCUUCCUUCCUUCCUGGGUUGGGUUUGGGUUUGCGUUGCGGCCCAUCCAUCGCAUUCGCGUUCGCAGGCACAAACCAAACACCUCCCCUCAAAUUUCUCUUUCUUGUCUCUUCUCCCUUUCCGCCUCGCCUCGCUGCCAAAGCUUCACAAAUCACAAAUCGGAAUCAGAUCCACCACGACACGGCGGCGGCAAUGGCGGCGUCGGCGACCCAGGAGGCCGACUGCAAGGCUUCCGAGGACGCCCGUCUCUUCUUCGACGCCGCCAAGCCCCCGCCCUUCCGCAUCGGCGACGUCCGCGCCGCCAUCCCCGCCCACUGCUGGCGCAAGACCCCCCUCCGCUCCCUCUCCUACGUCGCCCGCGACCUCCUCAUCGUCGCCGCCCUCUUCGCCGCAGCCGCUUCCUCCAUCGAUCUCGCAUGGGCGUGGGCAUGGCCGCUCUACUGGGCGGCGCAGGGCACCAUGUUCUGGGCGCUCUUCGUCCUCGGCCACGACUGUGGGCACGGGAGCUUCUCCGACAGCGCCAUGCUCAACAACGUCGUCGGCCACCUCCUGCACUCCUUCAUCCUCGUCCCCUACCAUGGAUGGAGGAUCAGCCACAGAACACACCAUCAGAACCACGGUCAUAUCGAGAGGGACGAGUCCUGGCACCCGAUCACCGAGAAAUUGUACUGGCAGCUGGAGACACGCACCAAGAAACUGCGCUUUACAUUACCAUUUACAUUGCUUGCCUUCCCUGUCUACCUCUGGUACAGAAGUCCGGGCAAGACCGGAUCUCACUUUCUGCCGAGCAGCGAUCUGUUCAGCCCCAAGGAAAAGAGUGACGUGAUUGUCUCCACCACCUGCUGGUGCAUCAUGAUUUCGUUGCUCGUCGCCUUGGCGUGCGUGUUUGGCCCUGUUCCGGUGCUCAUGCUAUACGGUGUCCCAUAUCUUGUAUUCGUGAUGUGGCUUGAUUUGGUGACUUAUCUGCACCACCACGGUCACAAUGACCUUCCCUGGUAUCGUGGAGAGGAAUGGAGCUACCUCCGCGGUGGCCUGACAACGGUGGAUCGGGACUACGGGUGGAUCAACAACAUCCACCAUGACAUUGGCACCCAUGUCAUCCACCACCUUUUCCCCCAAAUUCCUCAUUAUCACCUCGUAGAAGCAACAAAGGCAGCAAGACCAGUGCUGGGUAGAUACUACAGGGAGCCAGAGAAGUCAGGUCCGCUGCCACUUCACCUGUUUGGCGUUCUGCUGAGGAGCUUGAGAGUUGAUCACUUUGUCAGCGACGUCGGGGAUGUUGUUUACUACCAAACAGAUCACAGCUUGAACGGCACUGACUGGGCCGAAGAUGCUAAGCACAAGUGAAAAAUUAACUUGAAAAUUAUUGGAGUCACCGUGUACUAGUAGCUUAGUAAGCGAAGAAUGGAUUAUUUUCCUGAUAGAUAGCAUAUCCAUCAUAGCAUGAACUGCUGAAAGAAAGAGAAAUAAUAAGCAGCAAGGGCUACUUACCUGCUCAAAAGCAUGCGGCCCUGCAGAACACAGGGAUUCAUUGAUCUGUUGGAUCACCAUAUUCAGAUCACUAAACAAGCAUUGUCCAAUUGUUGUUGUAGCUAGCGGGUCGUUCAGUUUUGACUAGUUCUGAAAGUGUCCAAGUUAUACCGUGUAACCCUUUGGAGUUCGCCAGGCAAUUCAAUGUCUGGAGUUUGUAUGCGCCAUUGAGCAGACAAUUAUGAUCCGAAUUAAGCUCUGCACCUUAAUUUUUCCAUACUGAAUCA